UGGGUUUAUAUAUUUAACUGUGAUUUCCUAUCAUUCUUCUUAUUAAAUGACGACACUUAAAGCUUUGGAUUGGGUGAAAAAAGCAGUUUUUGACAUUUAUACAUUUCCUGAACGAACUUAUGAAGAUAUAAAGGAUAUUAUUGAUUCUUAUUUGUCAGUAGAUGUUUGGAUUGAAGAAAGACAAUCUAUAAAACAAAGAGAAGAAUGUAUUCUUUCUAUAAAGGUUAUUUUACCGGUUGUUUCAUUUGAACAAACAUAUAAUAUUCCUGUUGUUUUAUGGGUCCCAUUGUUAUAUCCACGAGAGGCACCUAUUGUUUGGGUUAUAGUAGAAGAAGGAUUCGUUAUUAAACAAAGCAGUUAUGUUCAUUCAGAUGGUCGUUGUUACCAUCCAUGUAUAGAGUUUUGGGAUGAGUAUUCAUGUGAAUCUACAUUAGCCCGACUUUUUGUUUCAUUGAAAAAGGCAUUUUCAAAAGAUCUUCCAAUUGUUUUUUUAGAGUCUGGUCGUGUUUCUAAAUCAUCUUGUUCUACCUCUUCAAAAGACUUGUCGAAUGAUUAUGAUUUAUCAAAAUUAUUUAGAUCUCAAAUUUCUCUGGAACAAUCUUCACCUCCUCCUUUACCUGAUAAACCUUCAAAUUUUUUAAUUAAAACACCUUUUUCAUUUCAAAAGGACAAUUUAAUUGAACUUUCUCAAAAAAAAUCUGCUAAUAUACUUGAUUCUACUUAUAUUGAUACAGAAGUUCCUGCUAUGUCUUCUUCAAACAUUAGUCUAGUAAAAAGGCCAUUGAAUCCUAUUACUGAACAACUUAUUAAACAAAUUGCUUUAAUUUUACAUGAAAAUGCUCAGGAAUCUCAAAAAACAAUGGCUCAAUUGUUUUUUCAAGUAAAAAAUGAUAGGGAAAAAAUAUUGCGUUCUCAAGCUCAAAUUGAACGUGAGAAAACUGAAAUCAUUCAUAUAAAAGAACAAUGUCAAAAAAAUAUUGAUAUUUUAAAAGAAAAAAUUCUUGCUUCUAAAUCUCUAAUCCAAAAAUGCAAAAAUAUACAGCUACCUUCAAUUGAUGAUAUCGUUAUUUCUGAAAAUACUCUUUCUCAACAAUUUUAUGAUUUAAUUACUGAUGAAAAAUCAAUUGAAGAUACUAUUCAUAUUCUUUCAAAAUUCCUUGAAAAUGAAAGAAUUGAUCUUGAUACUUUUCUUAAACAUACUCGAAAUCUUGCUCGUGAACAAUUUAUUAAAAAGGCUUUGAUCAAAAAAAUUAAUGAAUUAUUAGAUUCUUAAUCAUUUUCUUUAUUUUCUUGAUCUUAUUUUUUCUUUUGGCUUUAU